AUGGCAGUAGCUAACCAUGUAUAUAGAUUCACGUUAGUAGAUGUUGGUGCUUAUGGUGGUAACAGCGAUGGCGGAAUUUUCAAUGAGUCAUUAAUUGGAGAAAAUCUGAAAAAUGAAAAUUUAAAUCUACCAAAAGGGACUUUCGAAUUACCUGGCAGUCAAGAUCGUACAUCAACUUUUUUUUUAGCAGAUGAUGCUUUUUCACUAAGUACUAGAAUUAUGAAGCCAUACACAGGAAGAAAUUUAGACGAAAAACAAAAGAUAUGCAACUACAGAUUUUCUCGCGCUAGAAGAAUAGUCGAAAGUGCCUUUGGAAUAGUGCCUUUUCGAACAGAUGGAGGAUAUUUCGACAGUCUAUUUGCAUGCUACCAGAAGCUGCUGAUAUAA